GUCGAGGCGCUGCAGCGCAACAUGGAUAGAAGGGCUUCAAAGAGGGGAAAGAGAGAAAAGGUGAUGCUACGUGCGCAGGCAUUAUUCGAUGAAAGACCACAUACUCUUCCUGCAGUAUUUCUGCAUUGCUUUUCUCUCAUUGUCACGGAGGAAAGCCUUCACCACGACACGCAAACGGUGGAUGCGGCAAGGCGUCUGGACUUCCAUUCGAGCUACCAGCAUUGUCUCGAAGAAAUCAGGAAGCAUUCGGGGACGUCACGCCUCUAUCUUUGAGCUCAUCGGAACAGCUUCUGGAUCGAAGUCUGUACAAUUCGUUCCGGCUGAGACCAUGCUAGAAGAAGCAGAACUAGAUCAGGCAAGCCACGCUGAAGUCGAACGCAGCUUGACCAUUCGGACAGCAUUAUGGGAUGAGCUACUCGCUCACAAGCACUAUCAGAAGCCUUCACAAGGCAAAAACUACGAGCAAUGUCAACGUCCCGAAGCCCAAACCAGCAAAUCUGGUGCCUCCUCGCAGACUGCGAAGGCAGUAGUCAUUGACAUAGACAUCCUGCAGAGUCGUGGAAGCGGACCAGAGAUGCUUCGAGGCAAAGCUGGCAUGAAACCCUUAAAGAAUUCUGUAAUUCCCAACGCGGAUGAUAUUUUCCUUUCCCGCUUUGGGUCGAUCCGAUGCACGAAGUGCAAGACCCUUCUGCCUAAGAGGAUAAGUUACAGAGGGUUUCAAUUACAAGCAAGGAAACAAAUUUGUUUGCGAUGGUUUGACUCAUAGCUACAAGGAUAGUAAUAUAUAUGAUUUGUCGUUUACAUUCAAAUCCUUGUCCGUA